CGACGCAUUUUCAAUAACACUCUCGAUAAUUAAAAUCUUUCUCGUCCGACACGUCGAUCAUCGUUUCAGUAUUUCAUCUGAAUCGUCGAAUUUUCUUCCAAAUUUUUGACUUUACUGAAUAUUUAAAAUGUCAUUCAAAAUAGUUUCUUUUAUUUUAUUAUUCACUUGGACUAAAACAGUAUUUUCAGAAUUGCCACCAGAAAUAACACCAUGUUCAUCUGAAAGUUCUACAGAAGAUUAUAAUCAAUGUGUACUUCAACAACUUAAAAUAUUAACACCACAAUUAGCCAAAGGAAUACCUUUAUUAAAAUUACCACAACUUGAUCCAUUAAAUUUAUCUGGGCUUGUUAUUGACCGAAAUCUCAAUGACAUUAAAAUUAAAGCCAAUUUCACUAAUAUUAGAGUAUAUGGUGCUAGUCACUACAGCAUAGAAGAGCUAAAAGCAAAUCCCAAAGCACUCGCGGUAUUUAUGGUGCUUCAUUUCCCUUACAUUCAUAUUAAGGGAAACUGUGACAUAAAAGGAAAUUAUUUGCUACUACCUUUCAAUGAAAAUGGAGCAUUUAAGGGUAACUUCACAAAUACACAAGUUCGAGUGAGUGCAGAAGGAAAAGAAAUUAUCGAUAAAAACAAUAUUCGACGUGUCGAACUUGAUAAAUUAGUGACUAAAAUUCGUGUUGGUGAUGGGAAUAUCAAAUUUAAAACAUCACGAUUUCAAGGAGCUCGUGCUACAGCGGAAUUGGCAGUUGCCUUUUUCAACUCGAAUCCAAGACUAGGAUUGGAUAUUGUGAAUCCCAUCGUAGAAGAUACAGCAGCUACAAUUGGCAAAGCAUUAGCAGCAAGAGCUCUUGGAGCACUUACCAAAGACGAAAUUUUACCAUGAUAAAAUUCAACAUUUGAUCAUAUUCGUGGUAACUAAUGACCAUUAAUGCCUAAGUCGUUUCAACAUCAAAGAGCUCCAAUAUUUUUCAUUUCUCAAUAACUUGAAAUAUUUUUUAAUCAUCCGGGAAUAAUUCUUUGUAUGUGAAAGAUCUCGUAACUUUAUUAGCAACUUCCGUGAAUAAAUCUGCUAGAGCACUCUCCAGAACAGGUCGGACUUCGUCCAACAGCAAAUCACUAUUUGCAUUAAGUAUUUGAUUGCUGGCAGGUCCUGUAAAAUAGAAUUGUAAAUUACCAGUA